CUAGCAACGGGUUGUCCUUGGCAACAGGGGGACGCGGGACGAGGGCUUAGUUUCCCGCGCGUUCCUAACACCUGCUCGCGAUCCGAAGACCAGGCCGAAUCAUGUCGGAGAUCCUGUGCCAGUGGCUCAACCAGGAGGUGAAGGUGUCCCAGACCGUGAGUCCCAAGUCAUUUGCAAAGGCAUUUUCUAGUGGCUAUCUCAUUGGAGAAGUUCUGCACAAGUUUGAACUUCAAGAUGAUUUUUCAGAAUUUUCGGAAAGCAGGAACCCCAGUACCAAACGCAGUAAUUUUUCUCGCUUGGAACCAACACUCCAUCUCCUUGGCGUACAGUUUGAUCAGAACAUGGCCCAAAAUAUCAUCACAGAAAAGCCUGGGGCAGCAACAAAGCUUUUAUAUCAGUUAUACAUCACUCUGCAGAAGAGGAAGAGAGGCGGGCCAAGUGGAUUGGAAGUGCCAAGCCUGCACCCCAUCCCCGGUGUAAAGCUUCAAAACAUGAAAAGUGAGGCUUUUCGAGAUCAACGCCUGAGCAGAAGACGACAGAAUGAGAUAAUGGCCAAAAUCCAAGCAGCUAUCAUACAGAUUCCCAAACCUGCAUCAAAUCGUCCUAUGAAGGCACUUGAGUUCCAAAAAAUGAUGAAAAAGAAAAGAGAGGCAGAGGAUGUGGCCAAUGAGAUUAAGAAGUUUGAAGCAUUAAUAAAAAAGGAUCUCCAGGCAAAAGAAAGUGCAUCCAAGACUGCUUUAGACACAGCAGGUCAGACAACUACUGAUUUGUUAACCACUUAUUCGGAUGAUGACUACAUUAAAAAAAUCCAAAAACGUCUAGAAGAAGAUGCUGUUGCACGAGAACAAAGGGAGAAAAGACGGAGGAGACUGUUAAUGGAUCAAUUAAUAGCCCAUGAAGCACAGGAGGAGGCUUACCGGGAAGAGCAGCUGAUUAACCGGCUGAUGCGACAAUCCCAGCAGGAGCGCAGGAUUGCCGUUCAGCUCAUGCAUGUCCGGCACGAGAAGGAAGUUUUAUGGCAAAACAGAAUUUUCAGAGAAAAACAAUAUGAAGAAAGACGACUGAAAGAUUUCCAGGAUGCUCUUGAUCGAGAGGCGGCUUUGGCAAAACAAGCCAAGAUUGAUUUUGAAGAACAAGCCCUAAGAGAAAAGGAAGUUCAUGAACAGAUUGCUGUGGAAAGAGCUCAAGCCCGUUACAAAAAGCAUUAUUCAAUAUGUGCAGAAAUUUUGGAUCAAAUACUUGAUUUGUCUACUAAAGUAGCAGACUAUCGAAUGUUGACAAAUAAUCUGAUUCCACAUAAGAUGAUGCGUGAUUGGAAGGAACUGUUUUUUAAUGGAAAGCCUAUAUAUGAACAAGCCUCUAUUAAGCACCUGCAAGCCAAGCCCUCAGCAGAGCAACUGACAGAACUGGAUAAAAGGGACUUGCUAGACAACAAUGAUUACAAAGAAUAUAAGAACAUGGUUGGAGAGUGGGCCUUACCAGAAGAAAUGGUUGAUAAUAUACCACCCUCCAACAAUUCCAUAUUGGGCCAUGUGAUUCACAGACUAAUUGAAAAAUCUCUUCCUCCUCAAGUUGAAUCAACAGCGCUUCAGUUACCUUCAUUUGGUAUUACAGGGUGCUUAUUGGGGAAAACAUUUAGUGGAAAAACCACUGCACUAAAGUCUCUACAAAAAGACUUUCCUAUUCAGAUACUUUCUAUUGACACUCUUGUCCAAGAAGCUAUCCAAGCCUUUCACAACAAUGAAAGAGACAGUGACAGUGUGAACCAACCUGUUCAGAAAGAAGUGGAAGCGAAGACUCUGCAUGUUCUGAAAGAGGCUGAUGAAAGCCAGAAUCUUGAAAAUGGAAAUCCGGCUGAUCCAGCUGCAAAUGAAGCCUUAUCAGAAACAGAAAAUAAAACUGUGCUUAGUACCGAUACAAAUAAUACACCAACGUCUAAAGAAGUCGAGUCAAGUGAGAAUUUAUCUGAACUCACUCUGCGUGCUCAGCUUGGCGCAAAGUCAGAAAAAUUACUGAAGAAAGGAAAGAGCAUUCCUGAUACAUUGCUAAUUAGCAUCAUGGUAAAUGCUAUUAAAAAGAUACCUGUGGAUCAAGGCUGGAUCCUGGAUGGCUUCCCUAUGACAUUAAACCAAGCCAAGCUCCUGGAGGAGGUUCUCACAGGGUACAACAGAAGCCUCCUAGAACAGGAAGGCACGAAAGCACAAGCAUCCUCAUUGGCUAUUGAUACUACAGUUUCCAAAGAACUUCCUAUUCCUCCUUCUGCAUUUGAUUUUGUCGCGUUAUUAGAUAUAUCAGAUAAUUCCUCACUGAAUCGCAUGAAUGACAUCAUGGCUGAAGCAUUUUUAAGUGAAACUACUCAUGAAGAUAUCUGUCAACGUGUAGCUGCUGAAAACCAAGAUACAGAUGAAGAUGAGAAUUUAAGAGCCCAAAUACAGCAUAGAAUCAUAGGCUUCUUGGACAACUGGCCUUCAUUGGAGAAAUGGUUCUCAGAACCAGAAAAUAUUUUGAUAAAAAUCAAUGCUGAAGUAGAUAAAGAGUUGUUAUACCAAAAAGUGAAAGAAAUGUUUAUGAAUGAAACAGUGAAAAAAGUGAAUAGAGUUAAAAAGAAAUUAGAAGAAAAGGAAGCUGAGGUAAAAGCAGUUGUCCAGGCUGAGGGUCCACCUGCUAUUUCUCCUGCUCCACCUUCUGAACCCGAAAAAGAGAAGGAAAUGCCUCCUCAGUCUCAGCGUGAGCGUCCAAAGACUCCUGCUCUGAAAAGAAAAACAUCAGAAUCCCUGCUUGCUAAGCAAGAAUCUUCUCAGGAAGGAAAAGGGAAGAAAGGUGACACUUCACUCAAAAGAAAAGGUUCUCCUAAAGGAAAAUCACCCGGAGGGAAGGCAGCAGUAAAGAAAUUGCCUGGGGAAUCUACAGAUACCUCACCUACUCCGGUAGUGGCCCCGCCACCCAAGCCAGGAUCCGAAGAAUGGGUCUUUGUGGAUGAGCCAAUUCCUGAGGAAAUACCUUCAUAUUUAGUAUCUUAUUGGGAUUUAAUUGAAAAAUCUUACAUAAACACCAUCAAAAGUGCACUCAGGCAUCUGAGAGAAAACCAGCAUAUCGUGAUCACUCACUUGAAUGAGAUCAGAACAAGUUUCCAACAGUUUCUGAGGCGUCCUGAUCAUAAGCAAGAUUUCGUGUCUCAAUGGCAGGCAGAUUUCAACACUCUUCCUGAUGACCUGUGGGAUGAUGAGGAAACAAAGGCUGAGCUACACCAAAGAGUGAAUGACUUACGAGACCGCCUUUGGGACAUCUGUGAUGCCCGGAAGGAAGAGGCAGAGCAAGAGCGUCUGGACAUCAUUAAUGGGAGCUGGUUGCAGGACUUGAUUGGAAUAACAAUGAACCAUUUCUUCACAUUGAUGCAGGCAGAGCUGAACCGUUUCCAAGAUACAAAAGUACUCCUUCAAGAUUAUUAUAGGGGAAUGGAAUACAAAAUCCCAGCAGAUAACAAUAAGAAAUUUGCUCGAGUCCCUUUGGUCCAAAUGAAUAAUAGAGACGCUAUGGAAAACUAUGUGAGAAUUCCUUUAGUUCCUCGAAUAUCCAUUUCUCCAGAUUCAACUAUAUCUAAACCAAAAACAAAAGCCAUGCUGAAGGGCAGGAUUGAUCAUUCACUAGAAAACGUAGAGUUAAACCUUGAGGCAGAUGAGAAGUUGAUAGUGGACACCUGGCAACAGACUUCUUCACUGGUGUCUCAGAUGGUUACUGCUGAAAUUCAGCAGAGGGUCAUGGAAGAAGAAAAAGAAAACCAGCCAGCAGACACAAAAGAAAAAUCUCUUCCAGCGAGUGCAAAUAAAAAAGUCAAAAAGGAAUCACCCAAGAAAAAAAAGGAAGACAAAAAAGCCAAAGGUAAAUCACCACCUACAGCUGUAUCCUCUCCUAUAAUGAUAACCACAGAGGAAAUUGCCGAAAUGGAAAGGAAAGCUGCACUGAAGUUAAAAAUAAAGGAAGAACAUCUCGCUGCCCUGCAAUUUGAAGAGACAGCCACACUCUUCCGACUUGAACUGAUAAAAGCAAAAGCACUGACUUUUCUUGAAGAUUUAGUAACAAAGGUAGUCGAUGUAUAUAAACUCAUGGAAAAGUGGCUUGGUGAGAGGUACUUAUGUGAAAUGGCCAGUGUGGAAAAAUUAACUGAUGUAGCUCGCUAUCACAUUGAAACAGCUACAAGAAUUCAGAAUGAACUUUACUUAGACCAAGAAGAAUUCUUCAUUAAUGGCGAUGUAAAGGUCUUUCCAGAUCCCCCUCCUCCAAUUCGCCCUCCAUCUGUAGAAAAGGAAGAAAAUGGGACCCUGACCAUCGAACAGCUUGACAAUCUUCGAGAGGAGUUCUUAGAGAUAGCACCUAGAGGCAGGGAUCCUCCAGAUGAUGUGAGUCCAGUCACCGAAAAGCAGAAAAGAGCAUGGAAGCUUGACCAUUACUUGCCAAAGAGAAACAAUCAAUUUUUGAAAAUUUGGCUUAAAAAAUACCCUUGGCUUGUAUAUGACGAAAUACUAAAUCUUAUGUUCUGUGGCUUGUGUCGAAAGCACGGGGUGAAGUCUAGAGGUAGUCAAGUGAGUUUUUUUUAUGGCACUGACAACUUCCGGACAGAAUUCCUCAAUGCACAUCACCUCAGCGAGGCUCACGCCAAGGCUUCACUAAUGGAAGCGACCAGUGGUUCUCCAGUGAACAGAGCCACCACAGAACUGAUGGUGAGGACCAUGAGCAAGGUCACCCUCGGCCGAGUGGAGAACCUAUUCAGGUCAUGCCACGCGAUCGCCAAGACGGGGCGUCCCCUCAAAGAUUUUAUCUGGAUGUGCAACUUGGAUGACAUGAAGGGUGUUGAUAUCGGCCCUGUAUUCAGAACUAAUAAGUCAGCAAGAACAUUUACGUAUUUUAUUGCCGAAGUUGAACGGAGAAAUCUAAGAGAGAAACUAGAAAAAAGUAAGUUUUUCUCUGUCAUCAGUGAUGGAAUUACAGACAGUUCAAUAGAGGAGGCUGAACUUGUCUAUGUGCAAUUUGCAUAUGCAGGAAAAGUGCAUUGUCAAAUUGUUGGGGUGCAGACAGUCGAAAAGAAGAAUCCUCUGGCAAUAAAAAAUGCCAUCGAAAAGACACUAGAGAGAAAUCUUCAACUUCAGCUGUCGAACCAAGACUGGGCAAAGAAACUAGUUGGAUUUGGAAGUGAUGGUGCCUCUAGCUCAGAAGGACAGAACAAUGGGGUGGCCCUCCUUCUACGAGAAAUCCAGCCAUGUGUGCUGACAGUGUAUUGCUUUGCACAUCACCUUGAGCUAUCUUACAAGGCAGUGUUCCAGAGCAUUCCCCUGUACAACGAUGUCAGAGAACUUCUUCAUAGCAUUUACGACUUUUAUCACAGUUCUCCUCUUCAUAAGAGUUCCCUGAUAACUGUAUUCAAAGGCCUUCACCUGCAACCCGUGAUGCCUUCCCAAGUAGGUGGCAGAAAGUGGCUUCAGGGGCUGCAGGCAGCCCUCCAGAACUUUCUCAAGGGAUAUCCUGCAAUUGUCCAGCAACUGCAUUUAGCAGAUAAGAGCAGAAGUGACCCAAGUCACCCAAGAGCCAAAGAGCUUCUCCACUUCCUUCUCCAAGCAGACAUUGUGAAAUUCAUCCAUUUCUUAAUGGAUGUCAUUAACGUGCUUAGCAUCCUGUCCCGUGUCAACCAGAACAGAAAUUCUUCAAUUGCUGACAUAUUUGCCACAUUAGAGUCAACUCUGGAAAUGCUCAGACUCUAUCAAACAAGACCAGGGCCGAAAGAACGUAGGGUGGCUUCAGUCACGCAUUUUCAUGGUAACUGCCUUGGAGGAAAGGGAAACAUUUCAGACAUGAGAGACAUGGUUUUGACACAUCUGAUCGAGAAGCUCAGAGGCUGUUUCAGAGAUGCCAACCAAGAUGUGGUCAAAGCAACCAUGAUUGGAAGCUUUAAGUUGUGGCCUGCAAAGAUAAAUGAAGAAUUUGGAGAAAAAGAGGUAUCCGUCCUGCUAGCACAUUAUGAACCAGUACUGGAAGCAGCCAACGUGAAAAUUGAUGAAGUGGACACUGAGUGGAGCAUGUUGAAAUUGGAGAUUUAUGCUAGAUUUCAGAAUAUCCGCAGAUUGACCUGGGAUUUCGUGAAUUCUGUUUACUUGCACAAAUAUCCAAAUAUCUUGACACUAGUUGACCUGGUACUGACCCUCCCUGCAAGUUCAGCUGAGGCAGAACGUGGCUUUAGUCAGAUGAAACGCACCAAGUCACAAAUGCACACCAAGAUCACAGCUGAUGGCAUGACGGACCUCCUGAUAAUUCAGUUGAAUUCUCCAGACAUUAAUAACUUUGACCCUAGGAAAGCCAUCCAUUUAUGGAAUACGAGAACACCAUCGUCGACUCGUAACACAAGGCCUAAUUCGGAUUGCUCAUCAAACUCAGAAAGCCAUUAUGAAAGUGAUUAGUACAUGUGACAAAUGUUGGCUUCAUCAUUGAUCAUUGCAAAAAAACAAUUUUUUUCAAAAAUCUGAAAUUUGAAAGUGAAAGUAGUAGCCAAUCCUCACAUCAAACAUAGAAGGUAUUUGGUGCCUUCUAGAUACACCGAAAAAAAUCCGAAGAUUGGCUUCCCUAUAGACUUCUGGGUUCCACUCAUAUUCACAUAUCUUUUCACAUUCUUUGAGUAGAGGUGGACACUGCUUCACAUUAUUGUGGUGUCAUCUUUGUAAGAGUUAUUUCUAAGGGUUACCAGACUGCCUUUCUGGUCUGGGUUUCUUUAAGCCUGUCAUACAGUGGACUUUAUUUUCUGGACAACUCAAAUGAUGGUUACUUAGAUAACUCAGGGCCAAAUGAGAGUUUAUUUUUGUUCUGUGAACAAAAAUUGCAGGUUUACAUAUUUCUGUUAUUGCCUCACACAGGAAGAUCUUAUUACAUGCCUUGGCCAUUUAAGUAACAGAGUCAAAUAUUAAAAUUGUUUUAUGUUUCAUACUUAAUUCCUCAGAUAAGUAAUUCCUAUGUAAACAGCAAGUAUUGCCUCAUAAUUCUUAUCUUGCACCAUUGCUAUUAUAAACAGUGGAAAUAUAUUAU